AGUUUAUAAUGCACAGGCGCUUUAUACCACAGUUAACAGUUUUAACUAAAUAAAAAAAGAUGAGCUCUAUCAGCAUUCAUGCUUUGCUGGUGCUAAUAUUGCUUCAGAAAUGUAGCUUGGUAAAUAUGGGGAGAUGUCCCAACCUUGAAGCAAAACUAAAAGCUGCAGAAAAGAAAAUUCAUGAUUUGACUUUUAAUCGUCAAUGUAACUGCCAAUGUUCUUUUGAUGGAAUUGUAGGAUCUGUGGGGCCUCAGGGGCCUAUUGGACCACAAGGGCCACCUGGACCACAAGGACCCCCUGGUCGCCCAGGCCCUCCUGGACCCCAGGGACCUGUUGGGGAACCUGGACCCCAAGGACAUACUGGAGAAAUGGGGCCAUGUGGCACUCAAGAUCAUGCCAAGCCAGUUGGACCACAAGGUACAUGCCCUGAAGGGUUUUGGGAACUAUCAGAUAAUACAUGCUACAGAUUCAACCUGGUUUUGAAAAACUGGUCAGAUGCUCUUGCGUGUUGUAAAUCCCUGGAUGCGAAUCUUGUGGCAAUUGAGACAGCAGAAGAACAGACUAUGUUGGUUCAGAAAAUAAUAAGCAUGGGAGAAAACAAUCAUGAUUUCUGGAUAGGUGGCAAUGAGUUAGAUGGUGCAUGGAAAUGGUCUGGUGGGCUACAAUGGGCAGCAAAACCAUUAGCUCCCUAUACAUCAUGGGAUAGUUCGCUAGGCCAACCACAGAGAAAUUUGGAAAAAUGUGCAUUCAUGAACAAGGCAAGAUGGCAUAAGUGGCAUGAUGCACCUUGUGUGCAGGAUCGAUUCUUCAUCUGCGAAGCACAUUCUGUAUAGAUACCACAGAAAAUAUUAAUCUUACUUGUUUUCCAAAUAUGACCUCCAUAUUUCCUAUAUUUGGAUAUUAAUCUUACAAUUAUUCUCAGAAUAUGACUUCGAUAUUUCCUGUAUUUGGAAAAUAAUUGGCAUUGAAUGAAUAAAGUGAGUAUUGUCACUCCUGUAUAUGUAGGGCUAUCACUAGCAGACAAAUAUUAUGUCAACUAAAUAAAAUAUUAUGUUUGCAAACAUUUGCAAAAGUUGCUAAAAAUGAAUUUCAAACUUGGAAAUCAAAUAAUG